CCUAAUUCAAUAAUCCAACCUUGGAAAAAUGGUGAUGUGUUUGUCGAUUUAGAAGAGAUGAAUUCUCUAAGAUCUUUGAGCUACAGUAGCAUAGAAGCUCUAUCUCAUCAAACUCCCACAAAGCUAUCAUCUUUAUCUCCUCUCUACUCUUAUAACCAGAGGAGAUGGCUAAAGCCUGUGGAUUCAGCGCAAACCAGGUUAGAGAACCGAACACGAGACAACCGAUUAGACAAGCUCAUUGUCCACAUCAGGAAGCUAAACAUCAUCCUCGAGAUAACAAAACUCAUGGGUAACAAAAAGCGUGGUCCUUUCGUCUCUCUCCAGCUUAUGUCUCGAUGGAAGAACAUCGUCGGUUUGAAUGUAAGCGUUGGAGCUUUUGUGGGUAAGUAUCCUCACGCCUUUGAGAUCUUCACACAUCCUUGUCGGAGGAAUUUGUGUUGUAGGGUUAGUGAGAAACUGAGGGAUUUGAUUGAGGAAGAAGAGAGUGUUGUAAGAGAGUUUGAGGUUGAUGCUGUAAGAAGGGUGAAGAAGCUGUUGUUGAUGUCUAGAAAAGGUGUUCUGAAUGUUCAUGCUUUAAGGUUGAUGAGGAAAGAGUUAGGAUUGCCUGAGGAUUUUCGAGAUUCGGUAUUAGCUAAGUAUAGUACAGAGUUCAGGUUAGUUGAUUUGGAGACUUUAGAGCUAGUUGAUAGAGAUGAUGAUGAUGAGAGUUUGUGUGUGGCUAAAGUUGAGGAAUGGAGAGAAGUUGAGUACAGAGAGAAAUGGUUGAGUGAGUUCGAGACGAACUACGCGUUUCCUAUUAAUCUCCCCACAGGGUUCAAGAUUGAGAAAGGGUUCAGAGAAGAGUUGAGGAACUGGCAGAGAGUCCCUUAUGUAAAGCCUUACGAGAGAAAGGAGAUUUCAAGAAGCGUAGAGAGGUUCGAGAAGCGAGUUGUUGCGGUUAUCCACGAGCUUCUGAGCUUGACUGUUGAGAAGAUGGUUGAAGUUGAGAGACUAGCUCAUUUUCGUAAGGAUCUUGGGAUCGAAGUGAACUUGAGGGAAGUGAUACUGAAGCAUCCGGGGAUUUUCUAUGUAUCCACGAAAGGAAGUACUCAGACUUUGUUUCUUAGGGAAGCUUAUAGCAAAGGCUGUUUGAUUGAGCCAAAUCGGAUUUACAGUGUGCGGAGGAAGAUGCUGGAGCUUGUGUUGUUGGAAAAGCGUCACUCUAAGGAACUGUUACAAACUUGUGAAGAGGAGAGAGAUGUUGAGGUAAGGUAUGAUGAAGAUUGGGAAGGAGAGAGAGAUGGAGACUGGGUCUUGCCAAUUCUGGAGAAAUGAUUGCUAUGAUGCAGUGGAGUUUGUGCAAAAGUCUCAUCAUGUGUAUUGAAUUUUCAAGUGAAAUCAGAUUGAAGUUGGUUUUGUGAGACGCCGUUCGAGAAAGAAGGUUGGAGGGAAGUGGAGAACAAUGAUGCUGAUGUGGGCAGGAGUCUCAGAAACUGUUGUGAGAGGUAAGAAAUGUUCUUACAGCCGACAUUCUAUGUAGAGGCAGAGGAAUGUAACUAGAAAGUAGAAGAUUACUUGUGGAGGUUACCUUGGCUUUUAGUGUCUGCUGCAAAAGAGAGGUAGCUUGGCCCAAUGAUCUUUCCUGUCUUAUGUCUUCACACACAUUAGUUUUGUAGCCAUUAGUGUGAUGUGGAUGAAAUUGUAGCAAACAAGAUUUGAUGAAUUUUGAUCUAAGAAUUUUUUUAGAAAAAUAAUACUUGAGUUCCUCACU